GUAAGCGCUUCUUGGGUGGUGUUUCCUGUCUGCUCACGUGUUCCUGGUUGCAGUUGUGUAGAAAGUGGUGUUUUCAUUAUGUCGAAAGUAAAAAAGAAGCGAAAUACUUUUAAAUAUAAUGUAGAUCGGAAGAAACUCAAUCGUCGGGAGAAGAAGAAAAUGGCGCCUAGGAUAAAAUGUGACCAGAUCCGAAAUGCCUGGGAUGAAAAAAAGUCAGUAGCUAUCAAUCUUGCUGAAAUGGGCCUUGCUGCUGAUCCCAAUAAAGCUCUACCAAUAAAAAAAAAUAUGGGGCAGGCAUCUAAGGAAAAGAAUAAAUUUGUCAAGAAGCCAUAUGUGAUAGAAGAGAUGAAUGCAUUGGCGAGCCUACCAUCCAGGACCACUAUGGGCGUGUCAACAGAUAUGAAAGAAUUUGUCACCUACAUGGUUGAAAACUAUGGUGAAGACUGCAAGGCAAUGGCCCGAGAUGAGAAGAAUUAUUACCAAGAAACACCAAAACAGAUCUUACGCAAAAUCAAGUUCUUCAGGCAACACUAUCCAAAAGAAUAUGAAGCUCUACUGUCAUCUCGAAUGCAGCACUAGAGAAUUCCGACUGGACAUUAUUAUAUAAAUAUUUUUCAUAUGCAUAGCUCCUUGAUUAAUAUGAUACAAGCCUGUUAUCCAUUUCCAAUGGGAGGAGAUAAUGUUUUCAAAAACACACAUUUGUAUAUAAAAAAAAAAAAAAGUUUCUGAA